CUCUCAACGGUUCCCCCGGUAACAGUGUGCACCUGCUGCUGCGGUUUCACGUCUGGAGACGCAGAGGAAAAUGAUGGACGGAGAUGUAAUGGAAGAUUUCUCAUGUUGUUUUUCUAAAAUCAGAUAGUCUAGUUCGUGCUUUCGUUUCUCGUUGGGCCAGGACAUUUAUUUCGGCACUGUUAUCGAAUACCGCAUGAUAAUUGACAGAGAAAAAAGGAGCAGAGCAUUUCUGAGGAGGCCGAGGAACCGACCAUUAAGGAACCAGAGCCAAAGGAGCAAGCGAAGCCACAGCGGUCGUCCCCCUCCCCACCUCCAAAACCUGAACCAGUUAAGAUCCAAGAGCCUGAGUCAGAGCCAGAGUCGGAGCCAGAGUCGGAGCCAGAGUCCGAGCCAGAGUCCGAGCCAGAGUCCGAGCCAGAACCAGAACCAGAACCAAAGACCCGGGAAACCAACUCAGGAGCUGAGCCCAUCACCCAGCAGCCGCAGAGGGCAAAGGAAGACGAUCAAAGCAACAACGCUGACAACGCUGCUGAAAAAGAGGAAGCUACUGAGGACAGCUGUGGUGCUCCAGUCAGCUGUGAUGCAUUUAAGAGCUGCCUGAUGCGCCUUCCUCAAACCUCCGAGUGCCUGGGCAACAUCAACGCGUUCUUCAAAGAGAACGGCAUCUCCAUUCCCAAAAUACCCCCCAUGCCUAAUCUACCCACCCAGCUCUCUGACGUUACCAACUACUUACCCUCCCUCCCCCCUGAGUUGCGCCAAGAGCUCUCCCAGAUCCGACUCACCCAGGUCCCCCGAAAUAUCGCCCAGACUCUGACCGAGCUUUUGCC